AUGUUCGUUUCACUGGUAGAACUGCAUAAUUGCAGCCAUGGGUUGAAGCUGUUGAGGCUCGCCGCUGCGAUCCUGGCAGUGUCGCUGUUGCUAUUUAUGAUCAAGUUAUACCAGGCCCGGAUGAAGUUUAGGAGGCUGAAGUCUCAAGGCAUUCCGAUAAUGUCCCAUUCCCUAGUCUUUGGCCAUCUUCCAGUUGUCCUCCAAUUCUACCGAGACUGGGCAUUUGAUGCAAACUUGGUUCAGAGCUUUGGCUACUAUAUGAGCAAAUAUUGGAAAAAGUUCUUCCCAAAUGAAGACAGAUGUCCUCCCGUCGUAUAUGUCGAUAUAUGGCCAAUGUCAAGGCCAAUGGCAUUUUCUAUGGAGGCGUAUGUAUCUAAUCAGAUGUCAAUUGGGACCAGCUUGCCUAAGUCGCCUAUGCAUGGUGAGUUCCUCGGACCAAUUUCGGCUGGGAAGGAUCUCAUCUGUAUGCAUGGCGAUGAAUGGCGUAUGUGGCGCUCGAUGUUCAACCGCGGCUUCAGUCGAGGUAAUAUUAGAGCCUGGGUACCUGCCAUUCUGGAGGAGGUUGAGGCAUUCUCGAACAUGUUAAGGAAUCUUUCCGGCGGCAACGGAGGUUGGGGCCAGGUGUUUCCGCUUGAGCAAAUAUCUAGUAACUUGGCAUUCGAUGUGACAGGAAGAAUUCUUCUUGACACACGGCUCAACACUCAGUCACUGUAUCCAUCUCAGUUUACCCUUGCCUAUCGAGAACAACUAGAACGCAUGGAGAUUACCUUCAGUCCCCGCAAGCUUCUUUGGAGGGCGACACCGUUUUUUAAGCUGCUUGUGCAGCGCAAGAGAGACGAGCUCUUCCAAAUCCUUCGACCCUCCAUUAUGGAAAACCUAAGCGCGCCUAGCAAAGGCCCGCAAACCAUUGUGCAAGCCGCAGGGGAGGACCUGAAACGGGUCGCCAGCGCUAAAGGAGAAGACAAAGAUGGUCCCCUGGAUGAAUCCCUGGUCAAGCAUGUGUUCUUCCAUCUGAUGGCCACCUUCUUUGGGGGCGAUGAUGCGAUCUCCAUCACACUCCCUCGGAUAUUUAAGCAGCUCCAACAGCAUCCCGAAUGUCUUGCUAAAUUGCGGGCUGAACACGAUACCAUUCUUGGCCCUGAUCCAAGUGCAGCUGCCCAGAGACUUCGAGACGAGCCCCACAUUUUGGAUUCGCUGAAAUACACCCUCAGUGUCAUCAAGGAGACAUUACGCAUUAACCCAGCUACGAUCACGAUCCGGGCAGGCCAGCCUGACUUUAACUUUCAUAUCAAAGACUCCCACACCGUAUGGCCGACAGCUGGAUUCGAUCUUUUUGACUCCUCUAUCACCAUCCAUAACGAUCCUGCCAAUUUCCAUGAGCCCUCUGAAUUCAUUCCGGAGCGGUACCUGGUCCCAGCAGGCGAUGUUUUGCAUCCGGAGAAGGAUAUGUGGCGGGGCUUCCAACUUGGUCCCAGGAGGUGCCUUGGACAGGAAUUAGCCAUCGUCGUCCUCAAGCUGGUGCUGGUGCUUGUUGUGCGUGACUUGACGUUGAGAUGGCCUGGGAAGAGUGGGACCGGCUCCGAGAGCAACAGGGGAUCAAAUUCGACAAGCAGACAGUCGAAGGCGAGCGGAUGUACACCGCUGGGAAGGCAACCGCGCAUCCAAAAGACGGUGCACCAGCACAUGUGA